CAUUACUUCAGUCGCAGUUCGUGAAAUUGAACGUGCACAAAACCUGCAAAUCCUGAAGAAGAAGAAGAAGAAGAAGAAGAAGAAGAAGAAACCGUAAUAACCGCAGUCUAUCGCAGCUGCCGCUUUCCAGGAGGCUUAACGCACCGCUGGCUCCGCUGAAAAGUAGGCUGUCCCAAACUCUACCAGGCGACUUAUAAAAGGCCACUUGUGGCGGAGCCUGCGGAGAACACGACACUCUUCCCUAACCCGCUCCAGGUUUGAGCCCGCUACGGUGUUGACAUGGCAGACAGCGCUCACUGUUUCUACUGCCGGGAGGACCUCGGCGGGAAGAAGUUCGUCAGGAAUGAGGGCAAGCCCGUGUGUGUCCGGUGCUACGCCAAGUUCUGCGCCAACACCUGUGCAGAAUGUCACCGACCAAUCAGCGUUGAGUCGAAGGAACUCAGCCACAAGGGUCGGUACUGGCACGAGGACUGUUUCCGCUGCGCUAAAUGUUACAAGCCCCUCGCCAAGGAGCCCUUCAACACCAAGGAUGACCGCAUCAUGUGUGGGAAGUGCUGCUCCCGAGAGGAUGCGCCGCGGUGCCAGUGCUGCUAUAAGCCCAUACUAGCUGGCACCGAGAGCGUAGAGUACAAAGGAAAGUCGUGGCACGAUGAAUGUUUCACCUGCUGCUACUGUAAACGGCCAAUAGGCUCGCAGAGUUUCCUCUCCAAAGGAAGUGAUGUUUACUGCAGCCCCUGUCAUGACAAGAAGUUCGCUAAGCACUGUGUCAGCUGCAAUCAGCCCAUAACGUCAGGGGGAGUCAACUACCAGGACCAGCCAUGGCACAGCCACUGCUUUGUGUGCAGCUCUUGCUCCAAGCCUCUGGCUGGGACCAGCUUCACCAACCACCAGGACCAGGUCUUCUGUGUUGACUGCUACAAGAACUCCGUCGCCAAGAAGUGCAGUGGUUGCCAGAAACCCAUUACAGGUUUUGGUAAAGGUGUGAAUGUUGUAAACUAUGAAGACAGCUCCUGGCAUGAAUACUGCUUUAACUGUAAGAGAUGCUCCCUCAGUCUGUCCAACAAGAGCUUCGUGGCCAAGGGUCAAGACAUCCUUUGUGCCAACUGUGCUGGCAAAUAAAGAAAGAGGAGUCAAGCGAAGGAGCACUUGAUGAAUGUCUCACAACAAGAGGCGUAUCCCAUUAGCUCAUAUGUAAUCCUGAUUUUUUGGUUUUAACACAAUCGGGGCCAACGUUUUCAUCUUAAAAAAUCAGGAAGGCCUUUUUAUACAUGUUAAUACGUGCCUGAACCAAGACUGAACUGUUCUUGCCAGUUACUUUGUUCUUGACUAUUAUAUAAAUGUUUUAGCAAUGUACGUUUGUUGCAGCUGACAAAUAGGUUAAAAAUCAAUACUUAUUUGCUUUAGAAAGUUGUCAUUGCUUCCAAGUUGUUUCUUUCUAUGGUUGAGAAAUAUUUUUUGUAGUAAUCAUUUUGCUGUUUUUAAAAUCUGUGACAAUGAACAGGCAAUGUCUGUCUUAUUCCCGAAAUUCAAAUUAUAAAUGGAAAAAGUCAAAAUGUGGGUACACUUUUGAAUGCAAGGGCAAUGUUAUAACAUUGUAAUUACUGUAGGACCUCCAGUACAGGGUCGGUUCUAAGUAACCCAUCAUCUAAGCACCUUUCAAAGCCAUUUUAAUAUUUUGCUUUGAUUUACCUGUACAGGAGCGAUGACUACGUGGUUGCAUUGGAAAAUAUAAAACAAAUUGCAUAUCUACAUUUGUUGUAUUUGAAUCGAUCUGAAUUCUGCUAAACUGAAAUAAAGACUUUUUUCAAAUUUGA